CUGGACUUAAGGGGCCACAAGCGAAAGUUGGCCACACCACCUGCUGCCCAGGAGUCAACCCGUCGGCGGUGCAGGAAAGGCCAUCUGCCAGCCGCUGUGCAGUCCUGCCUUGGGGUGUGGGAGGCCCAGAGCCAUGUCGGACCUGCUACUCCUGGGCCUGAUAGCAGGCCUGACUCUGUUACUGCUGCUGACACUGCUGGCCUUUGCUGGGUACUCAGGGCUGCUGGCUGGGGUGGCAGUGAGUGCUGGUUCACCUCCCAUCCGCAAUGUUACUGUGGCCUACAAGUUCCACCUGGGGCCGUAUGGUGAGACUGGACGGCUUUUCACUGAGAGCUGCAGCAUCUCCCCCAAGCUCCGCUCCAUUGCUGUUUACUAUGACAAUCCUCACAUGGUUCCUCCUGAGAAGUGCCGUUGUGCAGUAGGCAGCAUCCUGAGUGAAGGUGAGGAGUCACCCUCCCCUGAGCUCAUCCACCUGUAUGAGAAAUUUGGCUUCAAAGUAUUCUCAUUCCCGGCACCCAGCCACGUGGUGACAGCUACCUUCCCCUACACCACCACCCUGUCUAUCUGGCUGGCUACCCGCCGUGUACACCCUGCCUUGGACAACUAUAUCAAGGAGCGAAAGCUGUGUGCCCACCCUCGGCUGGAGAUCUACCAGCAAGACCAGAUCCAUUUCAUGUGCCCACUGGCACGACAGGGAGACUUCUAUGUACCUGAGGUGAACGAAACAGAGAGGAAAUUCCGAGGGCUUGCAGAGGCCAAUGAUGCCCAGAUGAAUGGCACAGGAGCUGACACAAUGAGUGACACGAGUUCUGUAAGCCUGGAGGUGAGCCCUGGCAGCCGGGAGACUUCAGCCACCACACUAUCCCCUGGGGCAAGCAGCCGUGGCUGGGAUGAUGUUGAUGCUCGCAGUGAGCACAGCUACAGCGAGUCAGGCGCCAGUGGUUCAUCCUUUGAGGAGCUGGACCUGGAGAGUGAGGGUCCCAUGGGGGAAACACAGCUGGACCCUGAACCUGAACCCCUGGGGUCCACCAAGUGGCCCUGGGAGCCUAGUACUCCUGAGAAGAGCAAGGAGUAACCUGCUGCCUGCACCUUCCUGUGAUGGAGUUGCUAAGGAACUGAGCAGACUCUCCAGCCCUCUUCCUUCACCUCUUGGGCCUUGGCUAAAGCCAGGGGGUGCCUGAAGUUCUUGAUUUCUCUUACCCCAGGCUUCUUGCUAAGCCCUCUUCUUACUGCUCUUUUGGCUUCCAGGCCAAGGAGCCAGGGACUGUUUUCUGCACCAGCCCCCAAGGAUGCCAUCUCUGUUACAUCUUUUUUCGGACUGACACAUCAGAGCUUCCAGGACCCAGAAUAAAGCAAAUGAUUUUCUUGUUUCA